UAAACUUUCAACUCAACUUCCUCACUGUGGCGUGAGGGACAGAGCCAACAGCCUCCGUCUUUCGUCCCUCCCCUGACAAGGAGUCUGAUUUGGCUCUCCUCUGCUCCUAUUCAGAAAUACCCUACAAGUGAUGAUCUUCCCCUUGGCUGUGUUUCUGCUGCAAAUGGGCAGCAGCCGCUGCGGCCUGCCUUUCUACAAUGGCUUCUAUUAUGACCGGGUCAUGAAUGACAAAGGAGAUACCAGUGGAGAAGUUCAGUUCAGUGGUGUAAAGCUGAUGGUUGAGACUUCACCUGAAGCCAUCUACACCCACCGCGGUGCCAACAUCACUUUACCCUGCCACUACCAUUAUGCACCCAAACUGCAUGUCCCGCGCAAGAUCCGCGUCAAGUGGUCCAAGCUGCGGGAGGACAACACCAAAGAACAGGAUGUGCUGGUAGCGUCCGGGUCGAAGCACCGCAGCUUUGGAGAAUUCCGAGGACGCACGUGGCUGCUGCAGGCGUCUUCCCAGGAAGCGUCCCUGGUGAUCCAUGACCUGCGGCUACGUGACUCUGGCAAGUACCGCUGCGAGGUCAUUGACGGCCUGGAAGACGAGAGCGGGAUUGUGGAUCUAGAGCUGCAAGGGGUGGUCUUCCCUUUCCAGCCUCACCAUGGGCGCUACAUGCUCAACUUCCAUGAGGCCAAGAAGGCCUGCGAGGAGCAAGAUGCAGUGAUCGCCUCCUUUGGGCAGCUCUUUAAGUCCUGGAUGGAUGGCCUAGAUUGGUGUAAUGCAGGCUGGCUGAUAGAUGGCACAGUCCAGUACCCCAUCACUGUGCCCCGGGAGCCCUGUGGUGGGAAGGACAUGGCCCCUGGCCUCCGGAACUAUGGAGAGCGCCACAAGAACCUCCACCGCUUUGAUGUGUUCUGUUUCUCAUCUGCCCUGAAAGGGACUGUUUACUAUUUGACUGGCCACCAGAAACUCACCUUGGAAGAGGCCAAGCAGGCGUGCCAGGAUGAUGGGGCUGAAAUUGCUAAGGUGGGCCAGCUGUAUUCGGCCUGGAAGCUCGUGGGCUUGGACCGCUGUGAUGCUGGCUGGCUGGCUGAUGGUAGUGUGCGCUACCCUAUCACCUCUCCCCGGCCCAACUGUGGUCCACCAGAACCAGGUGUCAGAAGCUUUGGUUUUCCCAAAGUAGGGAAAUUUGGAGUCUACUGUUACAAGAUGAGCUGAAGGAAGGCAAGGCAUGGACAGGGCAAGUUCCCUGCACCAGCGGACACCAUCUAUUGCCCACCUAGAGUUUAUUAUUUAAAAGGCCAGUCUCUGGGGGCAGUUUUAAUUGUAUGUUUAUUUUUGUGUCUUUUUAAAGAAAAGUUUUUGUAAUGAAAGGGAAAAUGUCGCACAGCCUUGUGAUGUGGCCUUUGAGCUGUCUUGGUGCUGAGUUUCCGGUUUCAUCGCCCAUCUAAUCCAAGGGCAGGAAAAAGCUAUGAUUUAGUGUUGUUUCUGUCUGGCCGUCUGAUUCCUGUGCCUUCUGGAAUGGGGCCAUGCUGACUUCUGUCCAUGACAUCACAAAGCCAUCUUGUGCACAGCUGCCUCCGUCCUGUUGUAGCUGUGUCUUGCAAAAGAUUCCUUGUUCCAAGGGGAGAUUCCCAGUUCUUACUAGCCUAAGAUUUCAUCACCCGGCCAGUGCUUUGCCCCCAGCAGAUCCAACAUUAAAACUUAGGGCAGAAGCAUGGGAAUGUUUUCAGCCUGAAGGCCGCACUCCCUUCUGGGCAAGCUUCAAGGAGCCACGUGCUGGUGGUGGGCAGGGCCGGAGGGAAAAGUGGGUGGAGCAACACAUAUAAAAUUUACGUUUGUACUGUACGCUAAUUUCUACACAGACACCUCUCUAUUCUCCAUUGAGGCAUUGGCAGAGUUUCAGGGCACACUGUACCUAGGCAAAACCACACAAGGAACCUGUGAAGCAAGGCCGGUAAGGGGUGUGGUCUGGGGUGAGUCCCUGCGGCCAGAUAGGGAGCCUUGGAGGGCCACAUUUAGACCCUGCCUCUGAGGUCCCCUCACCCCUGACAUUGACUAGGUAUUGUAAAAGCCCAGGGCUGACUGUGGUAGUAGUAAUCCUUUGAUUGGCAUGAAGUCAUCAUGAGUAAGGCUUGUUUGCCUCUCGGCUGAUUGUUAAAAAACUCAGGGCAAAGACCGGUGCAACUUCUUCACUGUGGCAAAGGCUGUUCCGAUAGCAGCCCACUCCCUUCAACAGCGCAUUAAGCUGAGCUCAGGACUGGGAAAAAUUAAAAGCCAGUUCCGCAGGUUGUCCAAGUGAACACCACUUGCAAACCUGAGUUUGCACUGACUGUGAAGAACUAGCUAUGACUGAAGCAAUGCCUGUCUUUUCUUCACCCUCAGCUUGAAUGCUAAUCAAUGGAUAACUUUGAUAUUUGCCUAGCUUUCGUUAACUUUGCACACAAUAAGUAGGUUUUCCAUCAGCGGUAGGCAGUCACUCCUGGUGGUGUCAGUGGCCAUGGAAACAGGCUCUGGGCUUGAGGUUUCAUGUCCUGUGCUGUCCUUGCCUUUCAAAGCAGAUCAAAAAUUUAGUCUUUUGCAGAGCUGCUGUUAAUCCAGCCUAAUUCUUUGCAUGCUCACUUAGGAGGUAUCCCCAUUAAACAACAAGAAGGGCUGACGUCUGAGUAAGCAUGCGCAGUAUCAGAUCAUCAGCAAGAGGAUUGCAGGAUUCUGCCGCUGCAGAGAGAAUUGCAUCUUUAAAUGUGUGUACAUACGGCCACAUCCGCAUGAUCUUAGACCCCUUACUUUUUUAGCAGCAGGGUCCCUAUGUCUCCAGCAUCCUGUGAACUAAUCAGCAUGAAAGGGGAGAGUGUUAGCCACUGAGAAGAGCCUUCUAAUAUGCUUCCUUGUCCUUUCCUGCUGAUUGGAGUCAAUCAGAGUGAAAGGAAGUGAGCCGUCACUGAGAAGACUCUUCUCAGUAGCCAACACACUCCCCUUUCAUGCAGAUUAGCUCCUAGGAACAUCUGCUGUGGUGGGAGAAAGCAUUAACAAGGAUCUCAUUCUCAACCCAGCAACAAAAAAGGAGGAGGAGGGGAGGGGGUGUGAUGUGGCUGUGACUAUCACGAAGGGGCCCUGCACUUCUGAAUUUGCCAUGACACUAUUGCUGACAUGCAGGACCUCCAGCCAGGGGAGAAACCUCUUCCCCCCUGAUCCUUUUUGCACUGUUCUGGCCAUGCUGGUGGCUGCUUUUGUCCAACAAAAGAGCAAGACAGAUUAAUAUAUUCAUCCAUUUAACAUCCUGUCUUUGUUGUUGUAGUAGUUUGGCAGUUAAAGCAGACAAGUGGAGCGUGCAACAAAAUGUUGCAGUAUAUCCUCCCCUCCUUGCAGGAAUGCUCAUGUUCAGGGUUCCUGUCAGCUAGCGAUGGCCUCUUCCAAGGUACUAGGAAGACAGAAGCUGUCUUUACACUGAGUCAGACCAUUGGUUCUUCUCACUUGCUGUUGUCUGCAUUGACUAGCAGUGGCCCUCCAGGAUUUCAGACUGGGGAUUUUCCCAGCCCUAUCUGGAGAUGCCGGAGAUUGAACCUGGGACCUUCUACAUGCAAAGCAGAUGCUCUGUCAUGGAGCUGUGGCUCGUCCCCAUUAUACACUGUAAAGAACUCAAGCAGAGCAUUCCAGAUUUCUCCCCUGUCCAGUUUUCUAUUUUUCUUUUUCAACUGGCUAUCAACAUUCUGCAGCUACUGAGCAUGCUCAGAUCUCAAAGGUCUAUUUUUUGGGGGGGGGGGAGUUCCCCAGUAGGGUUCCUAAAGAUGUUCUGUACUUUUGAAAGCCUCAGAGUUCCUCCAAGUAUGGUCCCAUUUUAACUCCAAGUCUGCUGGCAUUCACUAUCUGAGUUUUAAUAGCCGUUGUUGUGUAGGAUAACUUCAUCAUACAUCUAAGAAACUGCUUUUUUUAAUUUUCUCAAAGCUAUUUGCUGUUGAGAAGGUGUAAUUGGUAUUGGACUUUACCAAGAGCCAGUGUGUUGUAGUGGUUAGAGUGUUGGACUAGGACCUGGGUGACCAGGGUUCAAAUUCCCAUUCAGCCAUGAAGCACACUGGGUGAACUCAGGCCAGUCGCUGUCUCUCAACCCAACCUGUUGUGAGGAUUAAAUUAGGAGGGGGAGAACCAUGUAUGCCACUUUGAGCUCCGGGAAAGUGGGAUA